UCUUUGAAUCUCGCCGCGAGAGCCUGCUUGAAAUCCCCCCCCUCCUAAUGGGAGGCAGAAGAAGACGAUAUUAGUGAACGGGUGACGGCAUCUAUGUCACACAAGAGAAUGAGAUCAGGCAGUAAUUCGGGGAUGCAGUGUCGCUGUUCGCACCGUCACCAGCAUCGACGUCUUCCGUGCGUGGGUCGGAAAAGCCAUGUGUCACCGCUGCUAUGGCCAUUGAUCUGGCCGACAAUUGUCGGCAUUUCCUUUAUGUGGCCAUUCGUCCUGUCUACCGGCCGCGGAUGCUCUGGAAAUCGUCGAGCUAGAAAAAAAGGCUGUGGUAUAACGGAUGACCCGUUCGAACGCUUCCAGGAGGACCGCGGUGCCCGACGCAAGCACUCGAAGAUGGAGAACAGGCAGAUGGAGGAGGAUCUCCGGGUCACGCAAAGGAAGCACCACAGAGAUGUGCGGACUCGCGAGAGGAGAAAUAAAGCUAAUGCAGAGGGAGUUCCUAGAUAGAUUGAUGCGCGUGGUAAUUUUGAUGUGUGUUGUGUGAUGUCUCUAUUGCUUCAGUGCUUGGGACUUGUUGUGUGUGC